AUGGGCGGCGCACAGAGCACAUCCAACGGACCCACCGCCCACGAGAAGACCGUCGUGGACCGUCUUCAGAACAUGCGUGUUGAGGAUGAUGGAUAUGUUGAGAUUACCGACGAGAAAAACGGCAACAUUCUUCGCGAAUGGAAACCACAAGGUCUGGAGCUGCAGACGCUCGAGUCGUGGCAGAGCGCCAUCCUGGAAGAUCCCAAAAACAGACUCGCCCUCACAGCCUUGGGCACCGAGAACCCCCGUAAGGUUCUCAUCUCGCUCCCCACAAAGGUCGCCGACCAGCAUGUUUUCAACAUCAAGAUCCCGUUCGAGGGCAGCCCCAUCACCAACCAGCGCUCCAGCGGCCGCUGCUGGCUCUUUGCCUCGACCAAUGUGUUCCGCGUGGCGCUCAUGAAGAAGUACAACCUCGAGUCGUUUGAGCUGUCGCAGGCGUACCUCUUCUUCUGGGACAAGCUGGAGAAGAGCAACUGGUUCCUCGAGCAGAUCAUCGACACGGCCGCCGAGGACCUCGACGGCCGGCUGGUGCAGCACCUCCUCGGCGACAUUGUCAGCGACGGCGGCCAGUGGGACAUGGUGUACAACCUCGUCGACAAGUACGGCCUCGUCCCGCAGGCGCUGUACCCGGACAACUGGAGCGCCAUGAACUCGGGCGUCCUCAACAGCAUCGUCAAGACGAAGCUCCGCGAGUUCGCCCUCAAGCUGCGCGCCCUCUGCCGUCGCGAGCAGGGCAUCUCGGCCGAGUACCUGUCCGACGUCAAGGCCAAGAUGAUGAAGGAGAUCUCUCUCAUCAUGACGCUCCUGCUCGGACCCCCUCCCAGCCCGGAGGAGACGUUUACGUGGCAGUACGCCGACAAGGACGGCAAGACGCACGAGCUGCGCACCAUGCCGACCGCUUUUGCCAAGGACAUUGCCAGCCCAGAGUUCCGCGUCACGUCCAGCACCAUUGCGCGCAUGGUCUCCCUGGUCCACGACCCGCGCCACGAGCCCCUGACGCUGCUCAGCGUGUCCCGCCUCGGCAAUAUUGUCGGCGGCCGGGGCGUAACGUACGUCAACGUCGACAUGGCGACGCUCAAGCAGGCGUGCGUGCGCACCCUCAAGGCCGGCCUGCCCAUCUUCUUUGGCAGCGACGUGGGCAAGUUCAGCGACACGGCCUCGGGCGUCAUGGACCUCGACCUCUUCAACUAUGACCUGGGCCUCAACACGUCCCUGGUCCGCGGGAUGUUCAAGGCCCAGCGCCUACACGCGCGCGAGUCCCAGAUGACGCACGCCAUGGUCCUCACAGCCGUGCACGUGGACGAGACGACGGGCCAGCCGGUGCGCUGGCGCGUGCAGAACUCGUGGGGCGAGGCGGCUGGCGACAAGGGCUGGUUCGUCAUGAGCGACGCGUGGAUGGACGAGUUUGUGUACCAGGCUGUGAUUGAUCCCAAGUUUGUCGGCAAGGAGGUCAGGGAUGUGCUGCGACAGGAGCCGACGGUCCUGCCCAUCUGGGACCCGAUGGGUGCGCUGGCUUGA